GCAACCAAAAAAGGAAGACGUUACGCAAUGAGAGGAGGGAGUUGUGGAGAUAGAGUGCUUAUCCUCCUGGAGAAAAGUUGUAGAUACAUACAGUAUACUGAGAAGCCACCAGCAGCGUCAGAAUGUCUGAUGAUCCAAAAAAGAUGGAGUUCACUCGAUCAGUGCUCUUUGAUUUCCACGGAGUCCAAAUGACCAAAUAUUUCACCGAAAACUGGGAGAACAUUCAAAACUUUCAGGCCAGGCCAGAUGAUAUACUUAUUGCAACAUACCCAAAGGCAGGAACCACGUGGGUGUCUGUGCUCCUUGACCUGCUGUAUUUUGGUAAAACAGCACCAGAGCGUCAGACAUCCAUCCCUAUCUAUGAAAGAGUGCCUUUCCUGGAGAUCACCUUCCCGUCUAUGGAUUCAGGAGUUGACCUGGCAGAGAACCUCGCUACCUCUCCACGACUGAUUAAAACUCAUCUUCCAAUCCAGUUUGUGCCAAAGUCGUUUUGGGAACAAAACUGCAAGAUAGUCUACGUGGCCCGCAAUGCCAAAGACAACAUGGUCUCAUAUUUUCACAUGGAUCGCAUGACUUUGACCCAGCCAGACCCUGGAGACUGGAACACCUACUUCCACAGAUUCAUGGAGGGAAAGGUACUGUUUGGAUCCUGGUAUGACCAUGUGAACAACUGGUGGAAGAAGAAACAGACCUACUCAAAACUCCAUUACAUGUUCUAUGAAGACAUGAUUGAGGACACUGGACGGGAACUGGACAAACUCUGUUCCUUUCUCGGUUUGUCUCCUUCAGCCGAGGACAAGAAACAAAUCCUGUAUGGAGUACAGUUUGACAACAUGAAGAAGAACGACAUGACCAACUAUUCAACAUUCCAUGUUAUGGAUUUCAGUAUUUCUACUUUCAUGAGAAAAGGGAAGGUCGGAGACUGGAAGAACCAUUUCACUGUGGCCCAGAAUAAAGAGUUUGAGGAAGACUACAAGAAAAAGAUGAAGGACCCCACACUUCAGUUCCGCACUGAGGUCUGACCAGGUCUGAACGGUAGCUGUGUAUAUGUGGAGAUCGGUCCAUGACUGACUGGACAUACUUGCCUCUGAUGUGAUCGGUGUGGAGGGUGUCCUCUUGUUAUUAACAUUCGAAUUGAGGCUAUGAAAUGCAUGCUGGGAAACACAGUGCAUAGCAAAUUACUAUUUAGACAAUCACGUCAAAACAGGAGAAUGUAUGUGUACAAAAAUGAACGAAUAAAGCAAAAAUACUCAGAUAAAGCAAAAAUAUUGGCCUUGAGUUUGUGUCACGUCUCCAAUAAAGCCCAAAUGUUUGUGAGUCUUCCAUGUUAAACAUAAUGUGCAAUGAAAGAGCAGCUGUGACACCAUAAACAUGGAAACUCUCAAAUGAAACCACUAGAUAAGUGUGAUCGGUAAAAUGAAUCCAAAGCUGGAUUUUAAUCAUAUCAAUGUUGUGUAUUUGCAAUAAAAACGAUAGAACCGUUUCAUCUUCA